CUCCAUGACCUCCCAGAUUACUAUUACCACACCCUGAAGUUCCUGGUGGGUCACCUGAAGAAGGUGGCAGAUAAUGCUGACAAGAACAAGAUGGAGCCCAGGAACCUAGCCCUGGUGUUCGGUCCCACUCUGGUUAGGACGUCAGAGGACAACAUGACGGACAUGGUCAUCCACAUGCCUGACCGCUACAAAAUAGUAGAGACACUCAUCUUGCACCAUGACUGGUUCUUCACUGACGGAGAGCUCGAUAAGGAAGAGAAGGACGAGCGGAACAUGCAACCUGUUCCCAACAUCGACCAUCUGCUGUCCAACAUCGGCAGGCCAGGCAUGCCGGGGGAGGCCUCAGAUUCCACCACCAGCGAUUUUCUUAAGUCCAAGUUUUCAUCACUCUCCAAAAAGGACCUGAAUGCCAGGGACUUCCUACCCAAGUCCAUAAUCUCUGCUGUGACCCGCAAACGUAAGAAAAGCCUGAGCACCCACCUGCAGGACGACAGCGCCGACGAGGACUCCGAGCAUGAGCCCGUCAAAACCAGCAACUACGGGGGAGGACAGGAGGAGGGGGGGGAGGAGGAAGCGGAGAGAAGGAAGGAAGAGUUGCAUACCUUCCCUAAAAAAGAAAAAAGGGUUGAAGAGGAAACGGCGGUGAAAGCUAGAGAGACCUCUGAGGGAAACCAUUCUGUGGCUGCAGAGGAAGGGUCUGAACAGGAAGUGGGGAGUGGAGCAGGAAAAGCGGCAAAACAUUUUGAAAAGGAUAGUAGGCGUAGAACCACCCCGCCUCGAAAUGUGCCGCAGCUUCGUCCAAACAGUUUCCACUGCCAACACUAUCAGACCACCUACCCAAGACCCCCAGCAGAGUAUUCUUCUUUCAAUGUGAGGCCUCACAACCAGGCCAGAGGACUUCCCAUAGUCCCUUUCUGGAUCCGCCCCACCCGGCUUCCCAGCCUCUACCAGUCUUCGAGCUUUUAUGGGACCCAGCAGCCCGACUGGAACCAGUCCGCUCCGGUCCACUACAGGAAGACGAGAGGGGAGAGGACCAGAGCUGUGUCCAUGAAUCUGGACCUGGAGCUGGGCAGGGGGGAGGACAGGGUGAGAGGGUGGAGAGCAGAGAGGGUGGAGGUGAUCCGGGUCAUUGAGGGACCACCGGGUCAGGUUGCACGUGUUGGGGUUCCUCAGGGAUUAAUUGUAGGUCCUGGGUCAAUUCAGGAAAUCGAUUCUCCCCCUCACUCUUCCUCGUCCUCACCUGCUGCUCACCCUGUGGUCCUGAGGAGGUCGGGUUUGGCCCCCCGGGACAAGACGAGAGCAUGGCGGCGUCACACGGUGGUCGUUUAACCGUCUCAUCCACUAAUGGAUGCACCCCCCCUUUACUCACAACACUGGAGCGCCUGUCACUGCCUCCACACACAGCAUGUUACUUUAGGGGUCUCUGAUAUUAUUAGCAGCUGUAGAGUUUCAUUCCAAAAUGAUAUCACCGUCAAUUAAAACAUGUGAAACCCAUAGGAUUCACUAUUCAACUCAAAUCGAAGCUAUGCAUCUUUAACCCUUUACCUACAAAAUAACUGUAGAUUUUAUUAUCGUAUAUCGUUAUACAUUUCAAAAGGACAUUAGGGCUGAAAAAGGUGAGCUGAUUUAGGAAAACUACACAUCAAAAAAAUCUGAUCACAGUUCUCAGGGAAAAAGUCUGUGUGGUGGGAUCCACACCACUGUCGUAGAUAGUUGCGUUACAUUACAUUAGAUGUCAUUUAGCUGACUUGCAUACACUUCAACCCAGCAGACAUGCCACAGAGCAAUUGAAGGUUAAGCAUCUUGCCCAAUGUCCGCCUAUACUGGUGAGGGUUAUAUAUAAUACUGUAUCUGACAAGCUAACAUGCUAACAAAAAACAGCCAUGCUACUGUUUGUCAGUCACAAUAGAUAUUGCUAGGUAACUUGCUAAUUUUCAGUUAGCUUGGUCGCUAACAGAACAAUAAGUUCAUACAGUUGUUGAGAAGAGGUUGACUUAAAGUGGAACAUGCCCCAGCCGAUAAUCUUAGUUUAUGCUCCUCAGCUUUUCUAUCAUCCUUAUGACCAUCACCUGAAGGGUCACCAGUGAGAAUUCAAGGAUUUAACAAGUGACUCCACAACAAUUCCAUUGACAUGGCCAAAUAUUGCUGUUGUAAAUGCUGGUCAGACAGGGGCUUUACAACAAUAUAACUAGAUACACUUGUUUCCUAAAGUAGUUUAAUUGAAUGAUUCUUGGGAAAAUGUGGCAAAAUAUAUCUUUAGAUGAAGUGAACGGAGUGAUGAGAGAUAUACAUAUCAAAAAGAAUAAUGCAGUGAAUUGCAGAGCAGAUUUAUCUGUCUUUUCAAAUGUAUGGCUAGAUAUAUUCCAGGGAAGUAAAACCUCUAAAAUUACAACAACAAAAAAACAUACACUAAUGAAUAACAGUGACCAUGUUAUUAAAGCAUCUCUCAAGAGAUUCUGAUUGGAACAAUCUCAAUCGUUUACAGUGCUGUUCCUAAUACAACCACUAGCUGGUGCCAAAGUAAGGAGUCCUAAAUCCUACACAUAGUGGCAUUAUUAUAUAUUUCUUAAACAUUUUUCUGGAAUGAAACCCUUAAGUUGUAAAUGUAAAACAGGUUUGAAAUGAGAAAAAGCCAUAAGAGAUGAUUGAAAUGAAUCUCCUGCUGACUCACCAGAAGACACUCGGCCACAGGUCUUAUGCAAAGUGCUGUACAUGCUGCUGUCUUCCUAUGAUGUCUUUGACAAUACCCACAUGGGCAAAAAUAACCUAUUCAACCAACCUGCCGCCCUGAGUUCAGCUCAGUGACUCAGAGGAAGCUUCAGUUUACUGCUCGACCCUUUAAAGCUCUUCCAAAGCCUCCUGAGGUCCUGCAGGGACCCCAAGUCACCCCCCUGGAUGAUGGGACUUGGGCAUUAUGCCAAAACGUCCAUGGACUAAAACAUGUGUGCAUGGGGUCAGUGAUAUUUCAGUGAGUACAAAUAUGCUAAGUGUAAGCCUGUCUGUCCUGCUGGUGUGUGUGUGUGUGUGUGUGUGUGUGUGUGUGUGUGUGUGUGUGUGUGUGUGUGUGUGUGUGUGUGUGUGUGUGUGGUCCAGGGGAAACUAACAGGAGCGUUUAAGGCAGCUAUGUGACGUCAUGCCAACAUGAUUUAUCUUUUUUCUGUUUGUACAAUAUCAGCAGAAAUGGAGCCAAGAAGUGACCUGUGCACUUAUUGCCACAGUGGGGUUCCACUUCAUACAUUAUAUCAGUGUUACUGUCGCCGUGGCAGCAGUUGUAAGUAGGUGAAUAAGCUCCUUAAAUCCAAACACCAGUCUUACCUGAGUUACACUUCUUCCUUUCCACGUUUUCACUAUCUUUGCUCCCGUUAACAAACAUUAGUUGUUUAAGUCGUCAGACUGUGUGUCUUAAUCAUAUCUACAGUCUGUCCUCUGUGCCCCUGUGCAUGGACUUUAUGUACGUGGGUGACUGUGCGUGGACCAAUUUUGUAACAGUUGUACAAAGCCUUGUUAAGUUAACCUGUGUAUAUAAUUAUUAUGCAUAAUAUAUUAAAUUAUUUG